UCAAUAGUUCACCAUGUUUCCUAAGAUCACGUUCACAAUUUUUGUGUCAGUAUUAUUUGUAGCUAUAGCUACUCCAUCAGAUCUCUCAGGUUGGGAGAAUGUUUUUGCUUCUAAUAGAAGCCAUAUUAUGCCUUUAAGGCAUUUUGAAGAUAAAACCUAUUACUUAGGAUAUCAUAUAAAGGCUUCAUAUAUGUUGGCCAUGCAAUUCUGCAGUAAUAUCCAUAUGAAGCUUUUGUCUAUCAGAAGUGAAAGAGAAAAUAACAUGAUACAUAAAUUCAUGAGAGAUGCAAAUAAACUGGGAGGAUACUGGACUUCAGGGGCAAAAUUUCUCGAUGAUCUCAACUGGAUUUGGAUGGCCUACGGCCAAAACAUUGAAUAUACAAAUUGGGGCAUAAAUCAACCAGAUGAUGCACACGACAAAUGCCUGCAAGUAUAUUCCAAUGGAAAUAAUCUCUUUUGGAACGAUCUCAACUGUGACGCACUAAAUUAUUUCAUUUGCGAGAGAUAUGAGCCAAGACUAUAUGCAAGUUACCUAAAUAAUCGUGAAUCAACAUGGGAUGAUUUAUUGACUCAAUCAACUAUCUCGGCAAACAUUGGUUUACUACAUUUUGGCCAGAAAAAGUACUACUUUGCAAAAUAUAUAUCAGGUUCCUUUAUGCAAGCAAUUGAGUUUUGUAAAAUUAUCAACAUGCAGUUGGUAUCGAUAAAUGAUAAAGAAGAAAAUGACAGACUAAGCAAAUACAUUCGUGAUACUAAUUCUGGCAAAAAUUGGUGGUCUUCUGGAUCAAGAUUACUUGAUGGAAAAAACUGGAUAUGGUUUACAAAGGGGACACCAGUAGAUUUCACUAACUGGGAUUUUAAUCAACCAAACAGCAACGACCAGAUGUGUUUGAAAUUAGUGCAUAGUAAUGAAAAUGGAAUAAAAUGGGCAGACGCAUACUGUACUGCUACAAAUCGAAUAAUAUGCGAAAGUAAUGAUGACGGUGAUAUUGAUUACGAUAGUUAUAAUCCUAAUGUUAGAUAUCCGCGACCUCUAUAUGGAGUCAGUACACCAAACAUAAAUACCGGUGUAGGAAUUACACAUCUACCUUCAUCGUCUGCAAGAACUGCUCAGAAAAUUAUAGUUAUGUAUUUUUUAGAUGAGGAAUGGGAGGAGUUAUUAAAAGACCACAACGAUGACGCAUUCGUUUAUAGAUAUCAUGGAGGAAAGAAAUAUCACGUUGAAGUUUUAACUCCAGGUACCCAAAAGCAGGCAGCAAGAUUCUGUGAAUAUCACGAUAUGCAACUGGUAGAAGUUAUUAAUGAAAUUAAAAACGCUGAUUUGAAAUGGCUUUUGUUAGAUACAAACGUUGCUGGCCCUUAUUGGAUUGGCGGUAAGAAAAAAUACGGAACUUGGACAUGGCCUACCGCACAGGAAAACAUAAUCUAUUCCAACUGGGCAGUUGGAAGACCAACCAGAACGGCUUCCAAAGAAUGCAUUCAAGUAGACAUGAUGGGCUUUUGGAGUGAUGAAGAUUGCAACAAAGUUCGAUAUUUUAUAUGUGAAGUACAAAUGUUUCCAGGAAACCCAGUUCCUACUAAUCCAACUAAUCCAAGCGUGUCAACCGGUCAGUGUCCUGAACCGGUCAUUAAUGUUUAUAUUAAUACUAACUUGGACGGUGAUUCGUCCUCAAGCCUUGUGUCUUCUAAAGAUGUUAAAUUAAGUAACAGCGGUUAUCAAGUUCUUGUCAAUAAUAAAAUUAAUUUGGAUAAAAACACUGCUGAUGGAAGGUCUGGUGAAAGUGAAGUCCCAAAAAAUACUGUGUCUGACUAUGAUGCAUUAUCUGGUUUGGGAGGACUAUAGAUGGGUAACAGAUUUUUGAUUGUAAAAUAGUUGUUAAUUUGUAUAUAAAAAACAUUCCUUGUAAAAUUAUUUAAAUAAAUUAAUAUCGUCGUCUCAAAGCAACAGUAGGAUAUUUAAAAUAAUGUAGUUUCGAAAAAAAAAAACGCAUUUGAAAAUUUUACGAAAUUUCAUUAAUUAAUAACUUUUUUAUAUCUGAAUGGAUUUACGUGGAAUUUUGUUUGAGUACUUAACUUUACAUGUGCCAAAUAACAAUUUAUAUUAAUUAAUAAAAAAGUGAAAAAUAAUUAAAAAAAAGUUAGUUGUCCUACUGUUGCCCUCAAAGGUAAUCUGUUUUUUAUCGAUAUCCGUAUAUUUCUGUUAUAUAAACUUAUAUUGCACUAAAAUUUUGUUUAAAAUUUUACACAUUUCAAUACAAAAACAAAGCAUUUUUGCUGUUCAAACAUAUUAUUACAUAAAUAAAAACAUGAACAUACUUAUUUCCAAAAAAUUUUAAAAUUUGACAAUAACGGGUACUGAAAGUUGUGAAAGUAUAAAUUUAUUGUAUUUUGUUAAAUCAGCCCAAAAUUUCUAAAGAGGAAUGUAUCAUGAAUCUCACUUACCUUUUUCUUGUGCUUGAUAAAUUCCAGAUAACAACUCAGAAUCAGUGUUAUUUCUGUUCGUAAUCUUCUAAAUACACUAAAUACUGACUUCUAGAUACCCAUAAUUUGUACAAUUUAAAUUGACCGAAUUAUUCAUUUUUACUCUUUAACAUACACCUUUUAACAUCAAUGUAAUAGAACUAUUGUUUAAGAUUACUAAAGAUAAAAUUGUGACCGCAAGCUGGAUAGUAUAAACAAAGACAUAAUCGCAACUAUAUGGCAACAGUAGGAUAUGUGCGUAAGAUAAUUUAGUGUUGCAUUAAUAUUGAUGACCAAAAUGUGUAAACGACAAAAUAUAAUGGUAUGAUAUGUAUGUUGUUUUAGUGCAACAUUAUAAAAUUUGUGCGAAAAAAGAUUUUAUUUAUCCUAGUGGUUCACUCAACAGAAGGGUUUAUUUCGAAUCAUUUGACAUGAAUAUCACAAAAGUCAUUUUUUUUACAUAUCCUACAGUUGCUUUGAGGCGACGAUAUAUACAUAGCAACCUUAGGUACAGUUAAGUUAAGUACUUACUGUUUAAUAAUAAUGAUCUUAUUAAUAUAUUAUUAUUAU